UUUGUGGAGAUAUAAAUGCUUGAGUGACAACGCGGAAGAACUCCUACCUCUCCUCCUCCUCUCUAAUGACAUCCACUGGAGAUUUGUAAAGAGUCUUUCAUGAGUGGAAUCACACACUUGCGGAAGGACUCGCCGCAGGAAUGGCUCUGGCGAACAUCUCCGUGGCUGAGAGUCAGUUCAAGUGUCCGAUCUGCCUGGACCUCCUGCGGGAGCCGGUGUCGAUCCUGUGUGGACACACCUACUGCAUGGUGUGCAUCAACAACUACUGGGACCAGUCGGAGCCCCCCCGGUACCAGUGCCCCCAGUGCCGGGAGACCUUCAGCCCCCGGCCGGUGUUGCGGAGGAACACGGUGCUGGCGGAGGUCGUUGAGAAACUGAAGCUGAGCGACUCGCCGGGGGCGCCGGAGCUCUUCUUGGGGGGAGCCGGAGAAGUUCCGUGCGACUUCUGCCCGCCGGAGAGCAAGCUGAGGGCCCGGCUGUCGUGCCUGGUCUGCCUGGCGUCCUUCUGCGAGCUCCACGCGCUGCCGCACCGCGAGGUCGGUACUCUACGGCGGCACAAGCUGGUGGCCGCGGUGGAGAGUCUGGCGGACAGGCUGUGCGUUCAACACCGGCUGGGUCUGGAGCCUCCGGGGGGCGGAACCGAGGAGAGCACUGCGGCUCCGUGGAGCGGGAGCUGCCCGCUGUGUGAGGCGGACCAGGAGGAGGACCGCAGCGGGGAGGCGCUGAAGGCCCGGAGACAGCUGCAGCUGCAAGAGAGUCAGAGGAAGAUCCAGGGCCGGAUCCGGACUGUGGAGAGAGAGCUGGAGGAGUUUCAGCAAAGCUUGGACUCCUUCAAGGCAUCUGCGUCCGUGGUUCUGGAGGACAGUGAAGCUUUGUUUUGUGAAAUGGCUCUGCGCUUGGAGAAAACCAAAACUGAGGUAAGAGCAAUUUUGGAGACAAAAGAACGCCUGACCAUAGGAAGAGCCAAACAGGACAUGGGGCUGCUGGAGAGAGACCUUAUAGACCUAAAGCGAAGAAACGAGGAGAUCGAGGAGCUGCUGCAAACUGAGGACAACGCACAGUUCUUCCAGAUGGCGUCACUGCUCAGCAUCCCUCCCACCUCUGAUCAGCCCUCCGCCGCCAUCAGCCUUCCCACGGAGGCCUUUAGCGCGGCUAGGAGAGCGCUGGGAAACCUGCGCAGCCGCGUAGAAGAGGUCUGCAGGGAGGAAGUGGACAAGAUCACUCAUGCAGGUGCCCACAGAGGGGAAAACUCAAAGCCUCAGCAGCUGCAGCUUCACCCCCCAGGUCCACACAGCAGUGGAGCGGGGCCGCUCUCGUUCCCUCUGUCCACUCUGUUCCUGCAGCCGUCAGAUCAGAGGAUGAGGGUGUCCUUGCUCCGAUAUUCAUGUCAUCUGUCACUGAACCUGGAUACAGCGUAUCCAACUCUGGUGCUUCUGGAGAAUCCUCAAGGUGUCCACUGUGGUGAGGACCCACAGCCGUACCCCCAUCACCCGUCCCGCUUCGACUCGAUGGCCCAGGUUCUGUGCAGGGAAGGCCAGUUUGGUGAAGCCAGCUACUGGGAGGUGGAGUGGAGGGGCGGAGGAUGGGUGGACAUCGGCGUCACCUACCAAGCAAUCGGGCGCAAAGGCGGCGGGAAGCCCUGCCUUCUCGGCCGCAACAAGAACUCCUGGCGCCUGAGGUGUUCGCACGCGGGAUAUGCGGCAUGGCACGACAACCGUAAAACCACAGUGGCAGCACCGCCCUGCCCCAGGAUCGGUGUGUUUCUGGAGCGCCAGAGAGGCGCCCUGUCCUUUUACAGUCUAUCGGACACCGUGUUGCUGCUGCACACGUUUCAGUCCGCCUUCUCUCAGCCAUUGUACCCAGCGUUCCGACUGGAUCUGGACUCCACACUGCUCAUCUGCCCCCGUGAGGCAGCCACUGGAAAAUGAACCACCAGUUUUCCUGUGUUUACUUGCAUUUAUCUGCAGCAGAUGCAACAACAAAAAGAGGAAAUCAGAUAUAUUUUGCUCUUUCUCAAACAAACCUUUAUUCACAAGUCUGUGGCCCACAUUUAUUGCUGCUUUUUCUAACCACAAAAAAGAUUAUAAAUAUGUAAUGGUGUUCAUUGGGACUAAAAUGGCAUCUUAGCAACAUUAGAGCACUUAUCUUCAUGUCUUGUCAUGACAGGAACGUUUCAGAGCUUUUCAGCUGCGGUGGACUGCAGCAUCUAAGUGCCUGAAAGGACACGUGCUAAACGGUUUCAUUUUGCUUUGACUUGUUCCGUUUGUGCCAUUUGUAUGCCUUGAAAUACAGAAAGUGUCCAUAUGCAACUUAUUACCAGUACUUUAUGCUAUGCAUCUAAGGCUUGUUUGCUUUAAAUACCGAGGACACUUACAGAUGAAUAACUGGCAUGAACUUUUAGAAAAGGUUUCAGAUCAAUAACUUGAGCACGAGCUGCCAGAAACAAUCACUGAAGACCCUUGAUGCCUUCUUGGAAAAAGAAGAAAAAUGUAAACAUUCAGAAUUGUGAUGCAACUUUCUUGUGGCCCUAAUUCUUCUAUUUACAGAAGAGUUUACCAAGUGCUCCUUUUUGUUUAUACUUAUUUACAUU